AAGUCAAGGUGUCGUUUUCAUUCGUGAGCGCGAGUUGUUCUACGCUUUGUUUUCUGAAAACGUGUGUGAAAUUCAUUGAAUUUUUGGCUUUAAAUUGUUGUGUUCUUAGUUGUAGUUAUUGUUAAACAAUUUCCACAAAGGAUACCCGCAUCACUUUCAACAUUGGAACCGUUAUGUCCAGCUAGUAGCUCCAUUACGAUAAGGAAAACAGUCUUCGCUCUCUCGCUUCGAGUCGGAAGUCGUCGUCGGCGGAAUGGAAAAUCUAAACUUUCCACCGGUGGAGUUCAGCCGCCCGGACUGCAUCGAUUACAGCGGCACGGCCAGUGUCUUCGAAGAGUUUGCCAUUGUGGUUCGAAAUUUUCACCACUUCGAGCAGAUUCCGACGGGGCGAUGGCUUACGUUGCUGCAGAAGAAGGCUCUCAUUCGGCAGAAACAGAACCGAAGGGAGGCGGAUCGGUUGCACAAUCUGACGGCGCAGUUGGCAGCAAAUGACGAAUUGGACAAAGCGAUGAUCCACAUUACGCAAGCUUUGUACCGAUGCCCGGCGGAUGAUACUUUGGCCAAGGCGAUAUUGUGUCAGAAGGGGGAACUGCUGAGACGGAAGGAACGGAUGCAGGACGCCAUUCGGCACUUGGAGGUGUGUCUGAGGAUCGAGGGGGAACGGUUCUCGUUCGGGACGUACCUGUGCCUGUUGCGGUGCUACAAGGCGACGGGAAACACGCGGAAGGUGCGACACACCCUGACGCGGUGUUCGGCGUUCGCGGACCGAUGGAAUGACGAGUUCCGGCGGUACGAAUCGCAGCUGAAGAGCGAACCGGACCGGCACCUGGAGGACAUGAAGAAGGAGUUUGAUCUUCACGCACAUUGCAUUCCGCAGGAGAUUUACAACGAUAAAAGUUUUAGGAACGAACCUGUGGUGCAAGACGAAUACGUUGAGGAGAUUGAUUUUGAACCGUUCAUGGGAUUCACUACGGAUAGGAGAAUCUGCGGUGCUUCCAGUGCCUGUAGUUUGGACGUCGACGACAUCUCACUGAAGCUGAUUGCCAACACGUACAUCCCGGAGGGUUCGAUUGUGCUAGUGGAGCGACCCCUUGCCUCACACCUAGAGUUCUCCAAAGUGCAAUGCUACACCUGCCACGUGGUCAAUCCGCACCUGAUUCCAUGCUUCCACUGCCAAGCGGUGUUCUACUGUUCCUAUCAGUGCCAACGGCGCGAUGCCGGCUACCAUCGAUACGAAUGCCGAGCGUAUCAGUUGCUCUUCUUUCCUCUAGUCAACGGAAAUCUGGAAUUGCGGAUGCUCAUCCGGACCCUCAAUACCCUUAAACGAAUAUUGGCUGUGAAAUCCUCGUCUAGCUACAAGGGACCGCGGUCGGCGGACGAGCUGUUCAAAGUUCUGUUGGAGGGUCGAGAGGCGUUCGCCGAUCUUUUCAACGCUCUUCUAGUCAAGCUAGACUACUGCUCUUUCCGGCCAGAGGACUUCGACGCCCUCAUGAUCAAAACUGAGAAGUUACUCAGCUACGUUAAGUUCGAUCGGAACGUGAAAACUCAGUUCUUUGAUCAGUGGAAGCAGUUCGAUGACUUCCAGUUUGACAUUUUCAUCGGAGGUCUCUUGUUGCACUUCUGUACGCUUACGAUGACCAAGGUGCAUCGACUUUCGUUCCAAAUUCCGGCCACGGAGGAUUUCGUGGGGCGCGUUGAGGACUUCGUUACGAUAGGGGAAGACAAUCGGGAAGAACCUCUCCGGAAGAUUAUCCUCGAGAGUCUGGAACGAUACGGACGGGAACCAUCCAGUAUUCUACGGGCGUCGAUGGACACGGAUUCCCUUCGGGAAGGUAUCCUCAAACAUUUGGAGGUGCUUAGAAGCGAUCUGCAAGACAACCGGGAGUCCAAUGACGACGAGUCCGAAGAAUCCGCUACCCGAGUGUGGACCCGAGCGAACGUCGUCCGGCUGUGGCAGUCGUGUCUGGAAGCAGCUGGAAUGGAUAGCACCGUUCAGCAGCGGACCGCUUUACUAAGUCAUCAGCGGGAACGAGCCGAGGACGUUGUCGACAAAGCUCUGCUGCGGUUCUUCGACAGUUACUUUGAUUACUUUGGGGAAACUGCGAUUUGCAACAAAAGUCGGAAUUUUCCCAAUACGCUGCGAACGUUCUAUCCGACGGCCAUGCAUAUCAAGCAUUCCUGCGGGCCGAAUCUGUUCUUUGCCAUGAUCUCCAACGGAUUGUUUGUGGUCCGCGCCAGUCGCAACAUUAGUGAAGGCGAAGAGCUCACUAUAAACCACGGUCCACACUACAAAAACGCUCCCAGGGAUAGUCGUCGAGAAUAUCUACGCAAAAUCUACAUCAACUGUGAUUGCUACGAAUGUGGCCAAAUCGAGGACCAUUGGACUCGAUACCAGCGCGUCAAAUGCGGCGAAUGUCUCUUCAAUAGUGACGCACCGCACACCUGUCCGCAGUGCUUGCAAAACCGGGAACAGAGCCCGGAAAUGGAACUGCUGAUCCACCAGUUGCAAACGAUCGAGUUCAGUUUGUCACGGACUUACCUACCGCAGCUGAUUCCGCUGUCGAUGUUGGGUCGGACGGCAGGUGGGGUGCAGACUGCCACCGCCUCCGGCAAGCGGAAGGUCGAACUGCUCAUGUUCUUCGAACGGAUCUGGUUGAUGGUGUUCGUGGACGCGACCAACCAACCGCUGUACACCAAUCUCAAGGAGCAGCUGUCGUGCUUUGCGAAUGAAGUGAUCCGGGACGCCAUCGACGGGGUAUUCGUUCUGGAGAAACGCUGUAAGGUCAUCAUCGACACGCUCUUUCCGGAGAUGAGCGUCGCGGUGGCCAACGAGUACGAGCUGAUCGUACGUCGGGUCGUCAAGUAUAUGCUUCCGGCCAACAUUCAUUUUUUCAGGUUCCUCGGGGUGGACAUGCGCCAGGUGCAUCGAACGAUUGACCUGGCGCGGUGGAUGAUCAAACACGCGUUCGCGAUACUGGAAGGCCACUUCUUGUACGAUGACGACAGCUAUCGGAAGCUGUUGAUGGUGGAGUACCGGCUGAGGACCUUCGAGGAAACCGUCCGGUCGACGGAAGCAAACGACGAAAGUGAGCUGUUCCUGACGCUGAUCGGAGCGUUGGAGGGUACGAGUGACGUGGACGAUCGUAAGAAGACGCCGAAGAAACGAACACAGAGGAAGCAAACGCAGGACAAACAUACCAUGUCAGGGAGGAAGCUCGCACCGACGAUAAGCGAAGAAAGCGUUAACGUAAGUAUAGACGAUAGUGGCAACAGCACUGGUACCAACUCCAGCUGCGACAGUAUCAAAACGGCGGUGAUGGUGAGCAAGGGUCACGAUCGGGAAGCCGCUGCGGACAAAUCGACAAAGGGCAAGGACACCGGAACCGUUCCGAAGCCCAGUCGCACCACCAAACAUCAUCGGAAGGUAUGAUCGGAGGGCCUGUUGGUUUUGUAGAUACCUUCGGUGAAACGGGGCUGUAUUUCGAUUGAAUCGGGUAUUUUAGAGUAUGUCACUGUACAGAUCGAAACUUGACGCGAAUAGCUUUCGAGAGCCAAUUUCGAAAGAUUGUUUUACGUUUUUUAUGCGCUCGAAUUUUAGCUAAAAUGCGUAUCGCCUGCCAAAUGUUAAAUACAACGCGUUCUCGAGAUUAACCAGUAGGUAACCAAUAGUUAAGAUAUUAUAAGAAUACAAGCAGGAAAUAGACGCUGUACAAAUGAAAGCAGAAUACGCUUGAGAAAAGCUGCGAAGAAGGGCUAUCGGGAAACAUUUUAGGGAAACAAAAGACUUAGGCGUGCGUAACUUGAUUCUUAAUUUCUAAUAUGCUGCCACUGGUUCCAACACACUGGACAGUUGUAGGAGGAAUAGUUGCUAUUGUCCAACUGUGUAGAAGUGACAACGUGAAGUUCACUAUGGAUAACCCCUAGAUAAGUAGAUUUGCUUAGCAAUGUAAUACACUAUUAAUUUACAACCACGACACCACCGUAGCCAUCGAAUGGAAGUGGCUUAUAAGAAUCCAAUAAUUUUAAUUAUAAUUUCUCUUGUUUAAGCUAGAAUAUUAAAAGUUUCUCAUCGGAAGUGCUUUCGUUGAUCUUGAAACUAUUUUAGAUGGUGAUCAAUAAAAGACAAUGGAUAUUAAUAUCACUUUGGGCUAUGCUUGAUUCGCCAACCUUUGGGAUGGAUUUGUGAAAAACUAUCGGCGAACAUCGUUCUUCUCUAACUAAGGAUUUUAUUACAUGCAGUGCAGUGUUAGAAUUAGUGUGAGCUGAGCAUCACCAGGAAGCUGGAUGAGCGGAUAAGUGAGAUCAAGGCGAGCGACAAUCUUAACACUCUGUGGGAAUCUAUACACGGAACGAUGGGUUCGGCAGUGCGGGAGGUGAUAGGUACUGUUCAAAGACGAUCUAGGAAUGGCUGGACCGACGAGGAGUGUCAGAGGGUAACGAUGGAGAAGAAUGCUGCCAAAAACCGGAUGCUGGUGUCUGGAACCCGGCAGAGCAAGGGUAGGUAGUCGAAAAACGAAAAUGUGAUUGGAUCUUUCACGAAACUGUCAAUGGAGAAAAACAUCGCCUUCUCCCGUCAUGUGCAACGACCGUGAUGAAAACUUGCUGGUAGAUGAAUCAAUGGUGGCUACCAGGAGGAGAGAUCACAUCGAGGUUUUGUUGAACGGUGGGAAUGGAACCGCGACAGACAGAAUUCGAAUCGAUGACGACGGACAGGCUGUGGAACCUCCAACGCUAGAUGAGGUCAAGGCAGCUAUCAAGAGGACUGAAGCCUACUGGGAAGGACGAACUUCUAGGGCAUUGUGCACGAACAACAGAGGAAUGACACUUUUCAAUUCAGCGUACACUAUUUUGUCCGGAAUUUUGUUUAAAAGGCUGAGUCCGAUUGAAAAGUCCUUCGUCGGCGAAUAUCAGGCGGGGCCGAUCAACGUCGGAUCUGAUAUUCGCCCUGUGGCAGAUUCUCGAUAAAUUUCGGGAGUACAACGUGCAGACCCUACUACUGCUACGCUACUAACGAAGGCAAAACUCGCGUUGUACAAGACUCGGAUUCUUCUGGUCGCUUUAUACGGCCAUGAAUCGUGGACAUCGAUAGAAGUUUAUCGAAGAGCCUUCGGAGUCUUCCAAAUUAGUAGACGGCAUCAGGGAAGGUACAUGGGACACCGUAGAGCGAACUGAUCAAGAUCCGUAAGAUGCGUCCUCGCUUAGGGAUUGAGCAUCGAAUCCGUACAGUACAGUUUGGUCCAGGCAACGAAAACGAACAAGGAAGCGUGGAACAACCUGAAGGCGGCUUUUCAAAACUGCAUGACGAGACGAAUUGGGCUGCUGCGGAAGCUUACCAGUAUAUACGCCUGGUGGAAUGCUCGUCGGUGGAGCAGUACGCUUACGAGCUGAUAUCGACUAGCCACAAGUAAUCGGUUGCCGGCUUUAAAGUCGACACCACUUGGCUGGCUAGCCUCCUGCUAAUGGGACUCCCGGAAGCGUACGAUCCGAUGAUUAUGGGUCUUUCGAGGCGUUAAGUACUCCGAUGAGGGCCUUCUUCAAGACUUUAAGGUAUGUAACAACUCAAGGUCGAAUGGAAGCAAUGGUGCGUUCAUCAUUCAGCAGCGAAAGAAGCCAACCGAGAACUGUUGUUUGAUGGUGGCCUGGAAAUGGGUUUUUGGUCAGAAGCCGUAGCCACGGCCGUGUUCCUGAUCAACAGAUCUCCGACUAAGGCUCGUAGCCGUGCGCUUAGGGUCAUCAAGCUCCUAAUAUCGCACCAUGCUAUGGAGUGAGGGUUCGAUUUCCGCUUCGGGCGAUGAAACUUUUCGUGAAACUGGUGCAUUAUCCGUGUGUCCCUUAUCUAGUGUUAAGUUCUGAAUGUCCAGGGUUGGAAAAUGUCAAAAAAUGUUAUUUAAUUAUUUGCCAUUUUCACUGCCUCUAGUGAAAAAUAUUUAUCGGAGAUUUCGUUAUUGUAGCAUAACUAACCAGUAUUAUUGAAGGUUUGUGUUUGUGGAUGGAAAUUUUCACUGGAAGUGGUAGAACUGGAAAAUGUCAUGACAUUUUUUCCAUGACAUUUCCGUGAUAUUUCACAGCCCUGGCUGUACAGCGUCUAGCUAAAGCCGGUGUUCGCGUCUUUUUUUUAAGGCCUGGAUGUAACCUCCAAGCAUCGAUCCACUGAGAGUUACAACUGUUCGGUUCGAAGGUGAUGUGCUAAAUUCCGAAAGUGAAAGUGUUUUUGGAGAAGGAGGUCCCCUGGAAGCCACCCAAGUGGGGCCACCCAGGAGAACAUAUUGCCCUUCACUGGCAUUUACCUGAUAUGCUGGUGCGUCUGAAACAUACUGAACACUCCUUUUUCACAAACCCAUCUCUCUCUUUCGGCUUAGAUGCCAAUCCACAACACACUCGCGUUUGUGCCCACUAACUACAAGUGAGAGCGACUUAUUUUUUAUGAUGCCGAGACUUACUCUCGCACUCCACGUAUUAGCCACCAAGCAGUUUGUUGAAGUAAUUGAAGCGGAAACAUAAUACGACACGGUGCAAACGACACGAUUGUGACGGCUACGUCUACAACGCCUACGCUCCAUCUACAACAAGAAGAUACUCGAUCGAGCGUGGUCAGACGCAGCGCGAGGGAGCGCAAAAUCCCAUGCAAGUAUCCAAAUUUUGAUUUGUCGUACAGUACUUUUCCUGAAAACCUUUUCGUAACCCAUUCAUGCUAACCCGAAUGGUAUCGAGAUGCUAUGUAGCGUGAUGUGCACGAAGCGUUGAAGCUGAACGAUACGUGGGAGCUGACCGACCUACCUAGCUGAGUAACGAGUCCUGAAGUGUAGUUUACAGGAACAAGACCAACGUGGACGGAACGGUGGACCGCUACAAGGAUGAAAAGGGGUUUUCUCAGCAGAAAGGAGUGGAUUAUGACCAGAUGUAUUCUCCGGAUGGUGAGAUAUGCCACAAUCCGCUACCUUCUAGCAUUAGUGGUUGAGCAGCUGUAUCUGGACGUCUUCCAGAUGGAUGCUAUAACAGGCUAUAACAGCUUUCCUGCAAGGAGAGUUGGAUGAAGAAGUCAUCUACAUGGAAUAUCCCAUAGGUCAUGUGGAUUGCUCCAAGAAACGUUUGUCGUUGCGGAAGGCGCUGUACGGAUUAAAACAAUCCAGUCGCGUAUGGAACAGGAAGCGGGAUCCAGUAUUGAAGGAAGAGUUUAAAAUUUUCAUUUUCAAUGAGUACAAUCGGCGUGAAGUUUGAAGAUUCUAAACUGAGUGACCGAAGUAAAUACCGUUUGGUGAAUGAAUUUUCUCACUAUAUCAUUCACUUUUCUGUCACUGACAAUUUUCACUGAGAAAUAUAACUAGACCAUCACCACCGAUCAUCACAAAACUUGUGUAUAGUAGUUAAUUAAACUGAUGAUAAAUCGACUGUAUGAUGAAAUCAACUAUGUUUUAGACAAACACAUACCCUGUGUCGAAACGUUGGGUAAAUAAAGAACGUCGUUUGUUCAAUAAAUGACUGCGUGGCCAAACACAGUUGAUGUAGUUAAUUAGCAUACUAACUAUCCGCUUUAUUAGUUCAUUAAGUCAAAUUAUGCGUCCGUUAACAAAUAAAAAUGACAUUUUAAGACGUGCAAGAAAAUAUUCAUGACAGAGAAUAGAAUGAAAAAAGAGAGGCAUUCACCUGACAAUGAAUGUGACCAGACACGAAUGAAAAAAAAAUAAUUUAAAUCUUCGCUUUGGGACUUAGACUUUUUUACACUCUGAUUGAAAUACACCGAUCUCACGCGUUCCAGUUUUGAACCUGUUGUCUACUACCACGUGGACGGCGAGCGGAUUAUCAUUAUUGUCGACAAUAUCCUGUUGUUUUCAAAUAGGUACUGAAAAAUAGAUCAGAUACAUGAAGGAUCAUUUGAUGAAAAGGUUCCGAAUGUAAGAUCUAGGAAGAACCGAGCAAGUAUUGCGAAACGCUGCCCCGGUAAAGUAGCCUGCUGAAAACCUUCAAACACCUAGAAAAGCAAUAGUAGAGUAAACGGAUUACUUCAACGGCAACAGACCCGGCAACGAAUAAAGGACAACGAUUGAAAAGUCGGAUCUUGAAACGUGAGAACUUUGAAUGAACCCGCACGUGUGGGGCUCCUGGCUCGUGUACUGCAGAAUGUCGGCGUUAAUGUGGCUGCUAUCCAGGAGAUAAGUUGGCCGAAAACUGGAGAACGCGAAUUCCGAGCGGUGGAUCCCAUCGCCAAUACUUCAUUCAAGUACCACCACAUCUACUACAGCGGCGGCGAUAAGGCAGAACGCGGAGUGGGCUUUAUAGUGAUCGAGAAGCAUAUGAAGCGAGUUAUUCGGUGGAAGCCGAUAAGCGACCGAAACUGUGUGUUGAGGAUGAAGGGCAAAUUCUUCAACUACAGCCUGAUCAGCAUCUAUGCGCCAGGCCAACGAAUGACAAACCCGAUGACAUAAAGGAUGAGUUCUAUGAGAGCCUUUACAAGGCCUACGGAGAGUGCCCAAAACAAGAUGUCAAAAUAGUCAUCGGAGAUGCAAAUGCGCAGAUCGGCAGAGAAAGUUUCUUUCGGCCUGUCAUUGGAACGGAAAGCCUUCAUUAUGUUACCUACGAUAAUGGUCUGCGCCUUGUGACAUUCGCUGCUGCUAGAGGGAUGGCAAUCAGCAGUACCUACUUCGCACGUAAGAAUAUCCGAAAACACACCUGGCGACACCCGAGUGGUGACACUUGCUCCCAGAGAGACCACGUGCUGGUCGACGGGUGACAUUUUUCGGCAGAUGUGAGGUCCUACAGAGGCCCGAACAUUGACUCGGAUCGUUAUCUUGUAGCCGCUAAAAUUCGGGUGCGAUUAUCCAGCGUCACGAGUUCAAGAAACAACAGGUCGAUGCGUUUCAAUAUCCAGCGCUUGUCAGCCGAAGGGGUUCCUGCACAGUACCAUCAGAAGCUAGACGAGAGGAUAGGAGAGACCAACGGAUCUGGAGAUGUCAACAGCUUAUGGGGAGUUAUCCACGAAGCAGUGACAACAACAGCGCAAGAGGUGAUAGGAACGCUCAGCGACGCCAACGCAAUGAUUGGUUUGACGAGGACUGCCAACGAGUGACGAACGAAAAGAAUGCCGCCAGAAGUCGAAUGCUAGUGGCCGAGGAAAUUUGCUGACAGACAAAACAAUGGUGGCAGCCAGGUGGAAGGUGCACUUCGAAGAUUUGUUGAAUGGUAGCAGCGAAGGAGCAUCCAGGAACAGGAUUAACAUAAUGGAUGACGGUCAAGCAGUGGAACCACCAACACUGGAUGAGGUUAAAAAGGCCCUUAAGGAGCUGAAAAACAGUAAGGCUGCUGGAAAGGACGAGAUCCUGGUCGAACUUCUUAAACACGGAAGCGAGCAGCUACAUCAAUCAAUCCACCAGAUUAUAAUAAAGAUUUGGGAGGAUGAAGAAUUGCCCACCAGCUGGUGGGAUGGCCUCAUAUGCCCAAUCUACAAGAAAGGGCACAGACUGGAGUGUGCCAAUUACAGAGGGAUUACCCUUUUAAAUUCGGCGUAUAAGAUACUGUCGCGUGUCCUGUUCAACAGACUGCGAUCACUUGAGGAGUCCUUCGUCGGCGAAUACCAGGCUGGUUUUCGUGAGGGCUCAUCAACGACGGAUCAAAUGUUUAUCCUGUGGAUGGUCCUAGAAAAAAUUCGGGAAUGUAACUUGCAGACUCACCAUCUGUUCAUUGAUUUUAAAGCAGCGUACGAUUCAGUGGAAAGAAAUGAGCUUUGGUAGAUAAUGUCAGAACAUGGUUUUCCGGCGAAACUAAUUAGGCAGAUCGUGCAACGCUGGAUGGACCAAAAUCAAGUAUUCGGAUCGCGGACGAAGUGUCUACGUCGUUUGUGACCUUGAAUGGAUUGAAGCAGGGGGUGCUCUUUUAAAUUUAUUGUUCAACAUUGCAAUCGAAGGAGCGAUUAGGAGGUCAGGCGUGCAGAGGAAUGGCUCUAUCAUCACAAGUUCGCACAUGCUCCUCGGUUUUUUGCGGACGAUAUUGAUCUCAUCGGCAUCGAUCGUAGGGCAGUGGAGGAAGCUUAUGCUCCUCUGAAGAGAGACAGCGAGGAUAGGCUUGACGAUUAACUCUACCAAGACGAAGUACAUGGUAGCGGGUAGAGACAGGAGCAAGCCUAGUGGUGUUAGUGCUGAGGUAGUGAUUGACGGGGAAGUGUUUGAAGUUGUUGAAGAAUUUGUUUAACUUGGAACACUUGUGACAUGUGACAAUGACGUUUCUCGUGAAGUGAAAAGGCGUAUUGCUGCUGCGAAUAGGGCCUUUUACGGAUUGCGUAGCCAGCUUAGGUCCCGUACCUUGCAAACGCAAACAAAAUUCGCUCUGUAUAAGACGCUGAUUCUUCCGGUUGCCCUCUACGGUCACGAAGCGUGGACGUUAAAGGAGGUAGAUCGAAAAGCUUUUGGAGUUUUUGAGCGCAAAGAGCUGCGGACAAUUCUCGGUGGGAAACAAGAAAAUAGAGUGUGGCGCAGACGCAUGAAUCACGAGUUGUAUCAAGUGUACGAAGAUGCGAAUAUUGUUAAACGUAUAAAAUACGGCAGUCUUCAGUGGGGUGGACACGUAGUGCGAAUGUCGGAUAAAAGAAUAGCGAAAACAAUAUUUAGCAGAGAACCCGGUAGGGUAGGCGACUUCGUGGGCGGCCGCGAACUCGCUGGCUGCACGCGGUUGACGAAGAUCUACGAUCCCUUCAGCUUCACCGAUGCUGAUUGGGACAAUGACGUGGAUGCCACACGAUCGGUAACAGGAUAUAUGUUCCAAUGUGUAGGGGGAUCGAUAUCAUGAAUCAUGAUAGCAAGAAACAACCAGGGGACUGUUAUGGUCUUCUUGUUUUCUUACCCCGCAUUAAAAUUAUGCUGUUGUGUUGAAAGAUAGGUUGUCAGCUUGAGCCCUACGCUUGAGCCGCUGUUAUGCUGGCUACGAAAACAUUGCAUUGGUGGGAUAGGAAUGCCAAUUCCUUGGAAACAACCGACUGUGGCGCUGUCUGGCAUGGAAGCCUAGAGACUGUUUAUAUCAGAGACCCGCAAAGAGUGAAAUCAAAUAUACCUAUCGAGCUGUCAAAUCGGCUACCUAUCGAGCACGCCAGCAAAAUGAUGAAAACAUAGUCUGGCGAAGAAGAAGAACAACAGUCAAAAGAAGUCGUCUUUGCAUGUCUCUAUAUAAACAGUCUCUAUGGAAGCCGAGUACAUGACGUUGAGCUUCCCAUAUGUGUGUAGGCCUGGAUCAAAUCCUGGACAUUCAUAAGAGCGUGCAUUGGUAAAAGAUGUUGUAGGUUCUGUUAAUGUUUCAAAGUUGUUUUAAAAGUACAAUUUGCUUUCCGUCCUUGUAAAGACUGUGAAAUUA